AUGCUCGUCAACGGAGAAAAGCCCAUGACAGCUCUCGCCGAGCUGUAUGCCCCCUCCGUGACGGCAAAGCUAUGGUCCGUGGCUCAAGAGGCGUUGAGACUGAGCACUGGCCCACCAACACUCUUCCCGGAAUAUACUCACCCAGGCGGCGGCAAAUACAUCUACCGCGACCUGGAAUUCUGGACCUCAGGCUUCUUCCCAGGGAGCCUGUACCUCCUACUAGAGAGACAAAUCCGACACCCCCACGUCCUCCAGCAGCAAGGACAACAGCCGCCGCCCCUCCACCGGCUCCAGCUCGAACACGCCUGCACAUGGUGGACAGAAAACCUGCACGCCAACGCCCACCUGGCGACGACCCACGACAUCGGCUUCAUGACCAUGCCCUGGGCCCGCCCGGCCUGGGAGCUGCGGCACGACGCCCGCGCCCUCGCGACGCUCACGGCCGCCGCCGCCACCCUCCAGGCGCGCUUCAGCCCCGCCGCGGGCGCGAUCCGCUCCUGGGACUCGUGCGCCACGGGGGACUACAGCUUCCAGGACCCGGCGCGCGAGUUCCUCGUCGUCAUCGACAACAUGAUGAACCUCGCGCUGCUGUUCUACGUCGCGGCGCAGACGGGCGACGGCGCGAUGCGCGACGUGGCCAUCUGCCAUGCCCGGACGACGCGCCGCACCCAUGUGCGUGCUGACGGGACGACGCUCCACCUGGCUGUGCUGGACCCGGGGGACGGCGCGGUCCGGCGGCGCCUCACCCACCAGGGGCGGCACCACGGGAGCUGCUGGUCGCGGGGCCAGGCGUGGGCUGUUGCUGGGUUUGCGGAGGCGUGGGGGUGGACGCGGGGGGAGGAGUUCCUCGACACGGCGGUGUUGUGUGCGGAUGCUUUCUUGGGGCGGAUGCCGGAGGGUGACGGUGCGGUUCCGCCUUGGGACUUUGAGCCGGCGUCGGCGGUGGAUGGUGAUGGUGAUGGUGCUCUCGGAAGAGAAAGGGGAGCGGGAGAGAAGAAGAAAAAGGAAGAGCCUACCGAUACCAGCGCGGCAAUGAUUGCUUCGUACGGGUUUUUACUUAUCUAUGAGGCAUUGAGGCUGCGGAACAGUGCCCGCGCGCAGAAGUAUCUCGAUGCGGCGCUGAGGAUCACAAACGCGGUGUGCAAAGGGUAUCUCACGCCACGGGCCAAGUUCGUACCCCAAGCCAACGAGGCCACGGUCAGGACGGUCGCCGACACAGCUGAUCACGGGGCUGAGGAGCAGGACGUCGCGGUGGUCCGGUUCGAUGUUGACGACGGUGGCUGCCAGGCCAUCCUCGACGGUGCCACCAUCAAUAACUAUGAGUUUGCGCCUCGGAGGUGGGCUAACCACUCGCUGGUGUAUGCGGACUACUACUUCAUGUUGGUGGGCAACAAGCUGUUAGAUAUGGGGAUCGGUCACGCAUUUGGGAGCUUGGGCGGUUGA